AUGGGUAGGGAAGAUAUCGAAUUCAAAACCCAUGACGCUGUCACGCUACGUGGUUGGUUCUACACCCCAGACAACCACAGCGGCGGCAAGCUCCCCGCGAUCGUGCUUGCCCAUGGCUUCUCGGCCCUGAAGGAAAUGGACCUCGAUACAUUCGCAGCAGAAUUUACCUCAAAGCUUCCCGUCGCCGCGUUGGUCUACGAUAACCGUGGCUUCGGAGACAGCGACCACGCCGAGGGACAGCCCAGGUCGGAGAUCGUACCGUCACUUCAAAUCUCUGAUUAUUCCGACGCCAUUACCUAUGUGUCGCAACGACCUGAGGUUAAUCCAGACAAGAUCGCCAUCUGGGGCUCGUCGUAUAGUGGAGGCCACGUUCUUUACGUCGGCGCCGUCGAUCGGAGAGUCAAGGCCGUGCUCAGCCAGGCGCCUCUUGUCAGUGGAUGGGACAAUUUCAACCGCCUUGUCCGUCCCGAUUUUGCUGUGGGAUUCAAUGGUGUUUUCGCAGCUGACAGAAUCACAAGGGCAACUGGUGGGGAACCAGGCUUUGUACCGGUUGUUGAUGCGGAUCCCCUGAAGUCAUCCGCCUUACCUACCCCAGACAGCUAUGAAUUCUUCUCGGCCUGGGAGAAGAAAUCGAACUGGAAGAACACUGUGACUGUCAGAUCUAUCGAGCUAUUCCGUGGUUAUGAGCCGCAGCAGUUGAUCGAGAGAAUCUCACCAACCCCACUUCUGAUGACAAUCGCAGCUCAGGACGUGUUGACGCCGGCAGACCUGGCCAUUGGAGCGUUUGCAAGAGCGAGAGAGCCUAAGCAGCUGAACUUGCUUCCUGGUGGUCAUUUUGAGGCGUACUCAGGCCGGCUGUUCGAGCAGAACGCUGGAACACAAGUCGCAUUCUUGAAGAAGUGGCUUGUCGAUACUUGA